CUGCGGCUGUUUGUCUGUUCCACACAGGCUUGGGCCCAACGCGGGAGAUGGAGCCCCAGGACUGUUGAGGCCUGGAAGUCCCUCCCCUCCCCCUUCCCACUUUGCUGCUUUGUGGCAUUCCCCUCCCUCUACCUUCUCCUACUUUGAUAACCUGGCUAUGACUAGCAGAAGUACAGCCAGGCCCAAUGGGCAACCCCAGGCCAGCAAAAUAUGCCAGUUCAAAUUGGUCCUGCUGGGAGAGUCUGCGGUGGGGAAGUCUAGCCUGGUGUUACGUUUUGUCAAAGGACAGUUCCAUGAAUACCAGGAAAGCACCAUUGGAGCGGCCUUCCUCACCCAAUCCGUGUGUCUAGAUGACACAACAGUCAAGUUUGAGAUCUGGGACACUGCUGGGCAGGAGCGAUACCACAGUUUAGCCCCUAUGUACUACAGGGGUGCCCAGGCUGCAAUCGUGGUCUAUGAUAUUACUAAUCAGGAAACGUUUGCUCGGGCAAAGACAUGGGUAAAGGAACUACAGCGGCAAGCCAGCCCUAGCAUUGUUAUUGCCUUGGCAGGGAACAAAGCUGACCUUGCCAACAAGCGCAUGGUGGAGUAUGAAGAGGCUCAGGCAUAUGCAGAUGACAACAGCUUAUUAUUUAUGGAGACUUCAGCUAAGACUGCUAUGAACGUGAAUGAUCUCUUCCUGGCAAUAGCAAAGAAGUUGCCAAAGAGUGAACCCCAGAAUCUUGGGGGUGCGGCAGGCCGAAGUCGGGGUGUGGAUCUUCAUGAGCAGUCCCAGCAAAACAAGAGCCAGUGUUGUAGCAACUGAGGGGUGGCUCGCAGCAAAUAUGUAUGGAGUUAGCAGGAGAGCUAAGAAAUAACCUCCAUCCCCACCCCUCAGCACACAGCCCCUACGGUAACAGCACACUGAGCCCUGGCUCCCAAGGGCUGCCUCCUGACAGCUCCAU